AUGCCUGGGCUUGUGGAAUCACCUAUUGAGCCAUAUGCAAGACCCGUGAGGGCUAAAGUUCAGCUGGCUUUGGAUUCUGAUGGUGAAUCGGAGUAUGUAAGCCUGAACAGUCAGGUUUAUAAGCUUAUCUAUGGCGAUUCAUUAGAUAAUAAAACAAGAUUCGUUUCGCUACAGUUAUUAGGAAGCCCGAUAUUCGUCGAAUCCCAGCUGUUAAAAGCCGAAUUGGAUAGCGAACUUCCACAGGACAGCAUUGAAUUGCACAGCCCCCGAAUCUCAAGCAACUAUGGAUCUGAUUUCACUUUGGAGAACUGCAUUAUAGUUCCUGUGACAAAAGUGCUGUCGCUGACGUCUGUCAUUAUGGGGUUCCCUCGAGACGUCUACAAGCUACUUGAAGGCGUCUCCAAGGAGCGUCUAUUUGAGCUCAUAGGCAGAGAAAAAGGAUCCAGCGCGGGCCACAUCCUGAUUCGCAAAAACGAUUUUUUGAGAACUCUGCAUGGCGAGAUUAUUCAUUGUGAACCUGUUGACCAAGGGUUCUUAUCUCUAGAUACCAACUUGGUGAUCUUGAAACAGCAGGAAGGUCUAAAGAGCGGGAUAAACACAAAAAUUCACAGGUCUCGCCCUGGAGCCUCACAGAUCUCCAUAUCUACGCCUACGGAUUUCUCUGCUUCCAACCUUAAUUUGGGGGAUCUAGCAUUCGACGACACUUCCAUAUUCAGUAACUUGACGCUUCAGCCCUUUGAGCUUCAAGUAAGCUUCCUGAAAUACAGCACGUUGAUGGAAUGCACGCACAUCCUAGGAUCCUCGCACGAAUUCGAUCACGAGGACGAUCAGCUUUUUGCCUGCGUAUGCUCUUCAGUGUUGCAGAGAAUUGGUUGUUUCAGUGGUGAUCUUGUGCAGCUGCAAAUCUGUGAUUGUGGGGCCGGCAUCGUGUGCGCAUGUGAUAAGAGUGCAAGGGAAAUGAUAACCAUAAGGGUAUUUUCACUGGCAGAUCCAAAUGACUUUGAUCCGGAAAAUAUAUAUCUUUCGCCUGUUUUUCUCAACGCUAUCGGAAACCCUCGGAGAGUUUUUGUUAAGAGACUCUGCAGUCAACGGCAAAAUGGCCAUCUUGUCUGGGAAAAACUGGAAAAUCAUGUGCCUCUGGCCAAAGAGGUGGUAAUUGCAAGAGUAGCAUCUCCAAUAACGCUUGACAGAACAAUGCAGCAUUUAUUUUUGUCGAACCUCAAGUCAUACUUUGAAUCGAAACAUCGUGUGAUUAUGAAAGACCAGUACAUCCCGGUGCCCAUAGACACCGUGCUGGCAAAGUCCCUUUUCAGCACGUACAAUGCAUCUGGUGACGAGACGCAGCCUACUAUCAUACCACAAGGAAUACCUAACGAGCUUGCCUGGUUCAAAAUCACUGAAGGGACUGCCGAGACGAAUGAUGGCAAGAGCUUGGUAGCGGGAACACAGUACAUUAUCGAUCCUUUGAAAACGAGAAUGAUCCAGUCCGGAAUUUGCCCUGACAAAGUACCUUUGAGCGACGGUAUAUCCUACAGUCAGCUGAGAGAUUAUCUGGAGCUGCCUCGACAAUUCGCUUAUCCUUGCUUGAAGAUUUCAAACGUGAUCACGUUCCCCUAUGCUAACCAGUUGCGGAAGAUUGUCAAUGUUGCCUUCCGUAUCAGGGACAAUAGCUGCGAGAGGUCAAGGCUGCAAACUACAAUUCUCCUCUCCAGCAUGACGAGAUGUGUGGGAAAAGCCACAGUUGUGAGACGCAUUGCUACAGAAAUUGGAGCCAAUCUGCUUGAGCUGGAUGCGUACGAUUUUCUCAACCAAUCGUCUGUUGGCAAGACCAUUGGGACUAUUAAAGGUAAGUCUGACAGGGUUGUGGAGACUUGUUGCUCGGUUAUACUUUUCGUGCGGCACAUCGAAGCACUUGCGAAGAAACCAGACCCUAAUCAGCAACAGAAGGACUCAAUGUCGUUGAAGCUUGCUGAAUUGAUCGAUGAAUACACAUCGAAAGGCGUCAUAUUCAUUGGGUCUACAAAUGAUACUGAUGCCGUCUCGGAGUUGAUCAGGUCAAAGUUCAAGUUUGAAAUUAAUGUUAAUGUCCCUACUGAUUCGGAACGAAAACUGAUUUUGACAGACCUGCUAGAUAAUUUGAAAGCUAAAGACAGAACACCUGUGGCUUUAAGAUCAGACGUUUCUCUUGAUACAUUGGCACUGCAAAGCGCUGGAUUGACUGCGAACGACCUGGUGUCUAUCGUGGAUAACACGAUCGCUAUAGCAAUCGAGCGGCUCGAAAGGCUCUCUGAGGAACAAGGGGUAAAUUGGGACCAGAUUUUAUCCUUCAACGGUGGUCGUAUCAAACUUACACCUGAGGAUUUUGAAGCAUCCAUCAAUGAUGCCAGAAACAAAUUCAGCGACAUGAUCGGUGCUCCUAGAAUCCCAGACGUCAAAUGGGAAGACGUUGGAGGACUCGAUGUUAUCAAGGAAGAAAUUUUGGACACGAUUGAGAUGCCGCUCAAACAUCCAGAAUUAUUCAGCAGGGGAAUGAAGAAAAGAAGCGGUAUCUUGUUCUACGGGCCUCCAGGAACAGGGAAAACUCUGUUGGCGAAGGCUAUUGCUACUAAUUUUGCUCUCAACUUUUUCUCAGUGAAAGGCCCAGAGCUAUUAAAUAUGUACAUUGGAGAGUCAGAAGCAAACGUGCGGCGAGUGUUUCAAAAAGCACGCGAUGCAAAACCUUGUGUGAUCUUCUUCGAUGAGCUGGACUCGGUUGCUCCCAAGAGAGGAAAUCAGGGGGAUUCUGGAGGAGUGAUGGACCGUAUUGUUUCCCAGCUUUUAGCAGAAUUAGAUGGCAUGAGUGGAGCCGAAGGAGGAGAUGGCGUCUUUGUCGUUGGUGCGACGAACCGGCCCGAUUUGCUGGACGAGGCCCUUUUGCGCCCCGGAAGGUUUGAUAAAAUGCUUUAUCUUGGUAUUGCCGACACUCAUGAAAAGCAGGCUAAAAUUAUUCAAGCACUGACACGAAAGUUCCAACUUGACCACGAGGUCGACCUCAACAAAAUCGCGGAAACCUGUCCAUUCACGUAUACAGGGGCAGACUUCUAUGCUUUAUGCUCCGACGCGAUGCUGAACGCCAUGACUAGAACUGCCGGUACAGUGGAGAAGAAAAUUAAUGAGUACAAUCGUGGUCGUGGGGUAGGAGAUAAGAUCAGCACGCGGUUCUGGUUUGACAACAUAGCAAAGUCCGAGGAUACAGAGGUACUGGUAAAAGCAGAAGAUUUUGCCAAAGCUAGAGAUGAACUGGUUCCGUCGGUGUCGGCAGAAGAGCUCCAGCAUUAUCUAUCAGUGCGCGAGAAGUUUGAGGGAGGCAAGACCCAAGAGAUUGUGCAUGAAGCACCUGAUGAUGCCGACAUUGUAAUCUCACAUGACUAG